GGCGAGAACGAGCGCACCGUCGCCGAGCACCGCCGGCGCGUGGAGGAGGUCAGGCAGCAGCUGGAGGAGGAACGGAGAUUGCUGGCUGGCGAGAAGGAGCGGACGCGCGCAGAGCACUCCCGCAUGGUCGAAGAGGCCAGGCGCAAAAUGGACGAGGAGCGCAUCGCGUACACUGGCAGCAUGGACACCCACAAGGGCCGGCUGCUGGAGCGCGCGCGCGACACGGGCAUCUUGGAAGGGAAGGCGCAGGCCCUGCAGGCCGAGUCGGCCUCCCUCAAGGACCGCCUGCAGGCGCUGGAGGAGCAGGUGCGCAAGGCGAACCACCACCUCGGCGAGCAGAGCCGAGACGCGCAGCAGGCUCAGGAGCGGGCGUCCGAACAGGAGGAGGCCAGCAACGCCAAGGCCGAGGCCGUCGCCGGUCGGGAGGCGGACGUCGAGAGGUACCGCCGGGACCUGCAGGACCUCGAGGAGGAGGUUGCGAGGAGGCCGAAGUGCGGUUGCCAGGUGCAGUGA